AUGGCACUUUUAGAAGAAAACAAUUGGGAAAAUCACUUAGGAAAAUUGCCUUCAUAUGAGGAAUAUAAAAAAUUGGAUGCCGUGGACAUUAAGGAUUAUAGCGAUGGUUUCUGUGAAAAAGAUUUAGGAAGCCCGAAGAAAGAAGAUAAAGAACUUUGUUAUAAAGUAUCGAAGCAUUUAAAAAUAUUAUCUGGUCUAUCUGGUGAUAAACUUAAACAUGGCUGUUUUUAUUUUCAAUACUGGUUCUAUGAUCAGAUAAGGAAACAUUAUAGUACUGGUAAUACAAUUAACAACGAAACAGUUAGUGGUAAACUUUUUGAUUUAGUGCAAUUAAAAAUUGAUAAAUCUUCUAAUUUGCUACCUUGUAAAUGCUAUGUAUUUGUGACACCGGAAGGGGGGAAAGAAGAAAAAGAUUUGCACGAUUAUUUUGAAAACCACAAAUAUAUUGAUUGUACGAAAUCUGAUAAGCCCACGUGUGAAAAAUAUGUGCGUUACGUUACCUAUAUUGAUAAGUUAUUUCAAAAAAAAGAGGAUAAUUGUUGUGAUGAAGACGAUUUAUGGGAUCCAUUGUGUGAACCUUAUAUCAAUUGUAAUAAUAAAUAUAGACCUGAUGGUUUAUUAACUAAAUUACAAACAGAGCUCAAGGCAUUGGAUGCAAAAGUAAAGGAAGUACCUAAAGCGGUGGGAGGGGAAGAUGCACCAGGUGCGGUGGUAGAAAAUAAAGCGGCAGGAAGUGAUGGGCCAGGAAGUGAAAAGAAAGCACCGGGAAUUGCAGGAGCUGAAGAAGCGAAACAACUACGGGCAAAACCCGUAGCGGCAAAACCUGUAGGGGAAGAUCCUGCAGCGGCAGAACCCCUAGCGGCAAAACCUGCAGCGGCAGAAUCUGGUGGGUUACCCCCUGAAGUUGCAAAACCUCCAGCGACAGUAUCUGGAGGGACCGAAUCUGGAGGGGGAAAGCCUGCAGAAGUAAAACCAGAAGUUGUAAAACAAGAAACGGUCGGACCUGCAGAACAGGAAGCACCACCACCACCACCUGCGCCACGAGAAACUGUGCAACAACAACCUGCACCUCUAGAACCUAAAGAAUCAUUAGAUGAAGAAGAAGUAGCUGAAGUAGCUGAAGAUGGAGUGGAAGAAGUAGAUGAAGUAGCUGAAGAGGGAGAACCAGGACAGCUAGAAGGUGAAGCGGCAGUCAUUUUGCAAGAUACAGCAACCUUUAGCGCCCCAUCACUAGAGGACUCUGGAGCAGCAGUUCAUGCAGCACCAUAUUAUUCUGCUGAGCUUGCAGGUAACGGAGCUCCUCUGACCAAUGUCGAUGCCCAUAGUACAUUAGGAACUACACAUGAAGAGUUAGACUCAAACUUUUUUCGCAACGUCAUCAUGGCCAUUGCAGUACUUGGAACGAUUUUCUUCCUUUUCUACUACAACAGGUCUUCUCGAUUAGAAUCAAGUUUACGCAAAAAAAAAAAGAAAAAGGGAAAGAUAUUUGAACAUAAUUACUACGAAGAGUAUGAAAAAAAGUUACAAAUGUAUGGUUCUGAGGAAACGUUUUUAGAUUCUGAAACGGAUCGAUUAUAUUUGAAUUAUCACCCUGAUCAAGACACAUAUUAUUAA